AUGACGAAUGCUAUGUUUUCUUUCGGGGAUUUCAAUUUCGGUGGAGUUCAUGAUAUAUUCAGCUCAACUGAGAAAGGUUUUGAUGGCAUGGAAGCGGAGAACAAUAUGGCGAAACAAGUGAAUUUGUUUGGAGCAGAGGAAUGGGGGAAGUUGGGGGAAUUUGGUUCCGUUGAUUCGGAUCAUGGAUUCCAUGGAAAUGACUACUCCUCUGGAGGAAACUUGUUUCCCAAGUAUCAACAAGAAGAACAGCAGCAGCCACUGAUUUCAUACUAUGGACUGUAUGAUGCCAUGCAGUUUGAUCCUCUCUCGAUGCCAUUCCAAGCGUGCUUAGGGAAGAUUGCAAAGCUCGAAGACAUCCCAAAUUUGGUUCCACAUGUUGAACCAAAGAAAGAGAAGCGAGACCCUUUCUCCUCGUUGGCAGGGCUUGAUCUCUUGAACAGCUAUGGCAGUGGGUUUAAGCGGUUGAAUGGAGAAAGAAAUUUUGAGUCAAGCAACUACAACGCGUGCACAGAUCAGGUGGCUACAGGCAGGAAGCUUUCAACUGAAGAAAUCAUGAGGGUGGCAGGAGCAAGGUUCAUUCAGACUUAUUCUCAAGUGUCUGAUGUUCCCUCCAUGCUGAGCCAUCCGUUUGCAUCCUCCUUUUCGGGCCUGUCAUAUGAGGAAGCUAGAGACGUGGAGCUUGUUGAGUUCCUUCUUGCUUCUGCAGAGAAAGUAGGUUAUCAGCAGUAUGAGCGUGCUGGGAAUUUGCUUAAACGUUGUGAUUCACGUUCUUCCAGUACCGGGAAUCCAGUUGAACGAGUGGUUCACUUUUUUUCUGAAGCUCUCCAGGAGAAGAUUGAUCGAGAAACUGGAAGAGUCGCACCACAAGUUUUGAGGACCAAGCAGUCAUUUGAUGUUGAUAGGGCAAUGAAGAUUCCAAAUGAUACCUACCUGGCAUGUCAAAUCAAGCUUCCCUUUGGGCAAGUCGUACAACUUGCUGGAAUUCAAGCCAUUGUGGAAAAUGUGGCUGAGGCUAAGAAGGUGCAUGUGAUUGAUCUGGAAAUCCGGAAUGGGGUGCAGUGGACAGGUCUGAUGCAAGCCUUAGCAUCACGUUGUGAUUGUCUGCUUGAGCUUCUCAAGAUAACUGCUGUUGGAACUACUUGUAGAGAAUCGGUUGAGGAAACAGGUAAGAGGUUGGGGAGUUUUGCACAAACCAUGAACUUACCCUUUUGUUUUAAAAUAGUGAUGGUAGAAGACAUGCUAGAUCUCAAAGAAGACAUGUUCGAGCUAGAUUCUGAAGAAACAGUUGUGGUCUACUCUGAAUUCGCGCUGAGGAGCAUGGUUCCAAAACCAGAUCGACUCGAAUCUGCAAUGAAGGUGAUAAAAAACAUCCGUCCAUGUUUAACUGUGGUCACUGAAGUUGAGGCAAAUCACAACUCGCCAGUCUUUGUAACUCGCUUUAUUGACGCCCUUUUCUACUUCGCUGUGUACUUUGACUGCUUGGAAACUUGCAUCCAACGAGAUGAUCCAAACAGAAGUAUUUUGGAAUCAAUGUACUUUGGGACAGGAAUUAGAAAUAUUGUGGCAAAUGAAGGAGAGGAAAGGAAUAUCCGAAAUGUGAAAAUUGAUGUUUGGAGGGCAUUUUUUGCGCGGUAUGGAAUGGAGGAGAUAGAAUUGAGUUCAUCGUCGUUGUACCAAGCAGACCUGAUUCUUAAGAAUUUUCCGUACGGAAAUUCUUGCACGCUCAAUAUGGAUGGGAAAUGCCUGCUUCUUGGAUGGAAGGGCACACCUCUCCAUUCUCUUUCUCUUUGGAAAUUUCUUUGA